GUGAUUAUUGUUGGUAUUAUAUUUCAUUGUGCUUACAUGAUGAGUAUAUUUGAUAUUUAUUUUAAAUCACCAAUUGUUCAUGGAAUGAAUCAAUAUAGUUUUGAUCAGUAUGCUAAUAAUUCUUCAUCUACUCUGAAUAGUGGACAAUCAUCACCGUUUGCAAAACGAUUGAUUUUCAUUGUCGGAGAUGGUUUACGAGCUGAUAAAUUAUUUGAGAUUAUUCGAAGUUUGGAUUCACAAAGUUCUCUCAAUGAUGAUUUAGAGGUUUCAGCUCCAUUCUUGAGAUCUAAAAUGGAAUCAGUGGCAAGUUUUGGAAUUUCUCACACUAGAGUGCCAACAGAAUCAAGACCUUGUCAUGUGGCCAUGAUUGCAGGAUUUUAUGAAGAUGUCAGUGCAGUGACAACAGGAUGGAAGGAAAAUCCAAUAGAAUUUGAUAGUGCAUUCAAUCAAACUAAUUAUGUUCUUCAAAUAGGAUCACCAGAUGUUGUACAUUUAUUUAAAGGAGAACAUAUUGAUACUUUUAAUUAUCCCCCAGAGAUGGAAGACUUUGUAAUGCAUGACAAAUCAUCUUUGGAUAGAUGGGUUUUUGAUAAGUUUGAAAAUUUAAUCACUCACGAUGAAUCUGUCAAGAACAAACUCAAACAAGACAAGACAAUUAUUUUCUUACAUUUACUCGGAAUUGAUACAAGUGGACAUGCCUAUAAGAUGGGAAAGGGCUACUAUGACAGUAUUCGUUAUGUGGAUGAAGGAGUUGAACGAGUUCACAAAUUGGUUAAUGAAUUUUUUGGUGACAAUGAAACAGCUUUCAUCUUUACAGCAGAUCAUGGUAUGUCCUCUAAAGGUGCUCACGGUGAUGGUAAUCCAGAAUGCACAAGAACACCACUUGUAAGUUGGGGUAAAGGUAUUCGACCAUUCUAUGAAGGUCAAGGAAAUAUCAUUUCUGAUGGAUCUUUCCCAAGUUCUACUGCAGAGGAAAAAUAUGUAAAACAAUCAUGGAUGGUCAAUCCAAAAUUCAGAAAGGAUAUCAAACAAGCUGACAUGUCUGUAUUGAUGAGUGCUGUUUUGGGAAUCCCAUUCCCAAUGAAUAAUGUUGGUUCUCUUCCUCUUUCAUAUUUGGCAGGUGAUGAGAAAUUCAGAGCUAUUAAUUUUCACAUUAAUGCCAAGCAAAUUGUUGCGCAAUUAUUGCAAAAGCAAGCUGCUAAAAAGGAGAAGACUCUAUUAUUCUUCAGAGAAUACAUGUCAAAGGAGGUACUGGACGCAAAAUCAAAUGCCAUCACAAAGAAAAUUAUGGCUGAGGACUAUGCUGGUGCAAUGAACGAUAUUCAAGAAUUGUUAAAUAUUGGUAUUAAGGGUCUCAAUUAUUACAUGACCUACGAUUGGCCACAAUUAAUGUCGAUCAUAUUUUUGGGAUAUGUUGGAUGGAUGUUUUACUUGAUGGUAUUUUGUUUGAGACAUUACACGAAACUUGGUCAUGAGGUCAAGGGUGAUAAUAACUUGUUUAUCAUUGGUUUUAUUGCUAUUACUACAUUGAUUAGUUUGAGUAGUUAUAUUUUCUUACAGAAUGAUCCAUAUCACUACCACAUGUACACCAUCUUCCCAAUAUUCUUCUUCUCCUACAUUUUGAAUCAUGUAAGAUUGAUUUAUCAAUUCUUUUGCAAGUACUUUUCAUUCCAAAAGGAUGGUCAAUCUCUCUUCAUUAUUAUUGUUGUCCUUGAAGUUAUGGUUUGUGGAUACUUUUCUAGGGAUAUCUUCUCAGUUUGUUUUAUUAUUCUUGGAGUGGCUCCAACUAUUUUGGAAAUGAAUUUCUCAUACAGAUUUGGAUGGCUCACAACAUGCAUCAUUAUGAGCUUGUUUACAUUACUACCUGCUGAUUAUGGAAAUGAUAUUUCACUUGUUAUUAUUGGUACACUCAUGUUCUGUGCCUGCCAAAUCACUUGGAGAGUUAUCAAGCCACCAAGAGAGAAAUCCUUCUUCCAAGAUGUUCUCUUCUUUGGACAGCUCACAGUUAUAGCUCUAGCUUGUGCUGUGACAGUCAGUACUGAUGUUUCCAUUGCUAAUAGAAGUGGUCUUCCAUUACCUAAUCAAAUUGCUGCCUGGGGUCUAUCUCUAAUUUCCCUAUUGCUUCCUUUCUUGUCUUCAAAUGCCUAUCAAGUGAGAGCUCAGAGCAUCUUGUCUGGUUUUGCAACUCCAUUGGUAUUAUUGAGUGUUAAUUAUGAAGUAUUAUUCUAUGCUGGUAUUCUAGUUGCAUUCCUUUUCUGGAUGAGACAAGAGAAGAAGAAGAGAAAGAAGGAUGAGUCAUUCACACCUGGGUGGCUUUCUAAAUCAGAAUUCAGUACUGCCAUCUUCUUUAUUUUCCUAUUCAAUGUUGGAUUCUUUGGAACAGGUAACUUGGCCACAAUUGCCAGUUUUGAAUUGAGUUCAGUUUAUAGAUUCAUUUCUGUAUUUAGUCCAUUUACUAUGGCAGCAAUUUUGAUUUUCAAGCUUGCCAUACCACUCAUUGCUGUUACCAUGAUUUUUGUAAUCAUUCUCAAAGUUACUGGAACUCCUCAUUUUGCUGCUCUCUUAAUUGUUCUAGCUUUGAGUGACAUUAUGACAAUUAACUUUUUCUUCCUUGUCUCUGAUGUUGGCAGCUGGCUUGAAAUUGGUAACAGUAUCAGUAGAUUUGCCAUCGGAAAUGCCAUGAUUAUCAUCCUCCUUCUCCUCUUCUCAUUUGCUCAAAUCUAUGUCGGAAAUGUG